AUGCCAACAAGACCGCAGCCUCACCCCCUGGCACGGACGUGCCUCGUGUUCCUGCUGGCUGUCUUUGGGUUCUUGGCAGGGGUGCAACACGCGCCCUGCUUGUGCUGGGGCAGAGCGGUGCUUGUGGAAGACAAGGCAACUGGCGCGCUGCACAUCAACACGAGUGACCCUGCGCACCAGCACGUGUUCAUCAACGGCAUCAGCACAAGAACUUUGUAUGACACGGUGCUGCAACAGCAACGCGUGCUGGAGGCGCAGCACCGCAUCAACCAGGCGCAGCAGAAAACCAUCAGCGCCCUUCAAGCCAGGGUAUGCUCCCCUCUGCUCGACACCACAACCAUAGACAGCCUGGGUUCAGAGGACCUCAAAUGGGCUGGCGGCGUUCUGGCAAACAAUGGGUUGAUCUACGGUAUCCCGCACAAGGCGUCCGCCGUGCUCAUCAUCGACCCUUCCACCAACACCGCCGACACCACCUCCAUCGCCGGCCUCAGUAAUAGCGGAUACAAGUGGGCGGGCGGCGUCCUGCUUCCAACCUCGGGCAAGAUUUACGCGUUUCCGCGGAUGAAACGGCCCGACACCAUCACCGGCCUGCCUUUUGGCGGCAGCAAGUGGCUCAGUGGCAUCCUCGCCGACAAUGGUCUCAUCUAUGGCAUUCCAUGGGACUCCACCUCGGUUCUCAUCAUCAACCCCAGCACAAACACGACGGACACAAGCACAAUCUCCGAUCUGGACACCAGCGGCAGCAAGUGGUACGGUGCCGCCAUCGCCGGAAACGGCCUCAUCUACUCCAUGCCGCGCAAUGCCCAGGCUGUGCUGAUCAUUGACCCUUCCAACAACUCCGCGGAUGUGUCCACCAUUAGCGGAUUCCCCAACGGCGGAAAUAAAUGGCAAGGAACCGUGCUUGCAGGCAACGGCCUCCUGUAUGGCAUCCCGUUUAGCGCGGACGCCGCACUUAUUGUGGAUCCCACCACGAACACAGCCGACACAACUACCCUCGCCGGUCUGCCGUCAGACACAUACAAGUGGCGUGGCGGUGCUCUCGCCACAAACGGGGUCAUCGUCGCUUUUCCGAGCCGUGCAUCCGGCGUCCUUCUCAUCGAUCCAAGCACCAACACGACCGACGUCAGUACUUUGGCGGGUCUUCCAGCGGGCGGGGAAAAGUGGUUUAACGGCGUGUUGGCUGCAAACGACCGCAUCUACGCCAUUCCGCAUCGAUCCGAAGAAGUUCUAAUUGUUGCAACCUCCAGCUGCUAAUCGCUUGACGCGCUGGGCGGAGCGAGACAGACAUUGUGUAUGCGUGCGUGCGUGCGUGCAUGUGUGUGUGUGUGCGUGCGUGCGUGCAUGUGUGU